CUCAGCGCUGUUGUAUCAUUAGAGAUCAGAGAAACACCCAUGCCGAAGUCUGCAGUCAGUUUUGUUUACUAGGAAAAGGAAAGUAUACAUAUGUGAAAUCUCACCAGAUAGUACGUCUGGCAUUUGUUAAAUUGGACGAGGAUGCUGCCAAACUCUUGUGACACAUUUGUAGCCCUGCCUCCAUCAACAGAGGGUCAUAAUAUAGUCUUCGGAAAGAACUCGGACAGACCCUGCGAUGAAGUACAAGAAGUGGUGUACUUCCCCUCCAAGAGCCAUGAGGAUGGAGAAAAAGUUGAGUGUACAUAUAUAGAGAUCGAGCAGGCAGCGCACACAUACGCUGUGGUCCUGAGCCGACCCGCCUGGCUGUGGGGGGCAGAGAUGGGGGCAAAUGAGCAUCAGGUGUGCAUCGGGAACGAGGCCGUCUGGGGGAAGGAGAACGCUGAUGGGGAUGAAGCUCUCUUGGGCAUGGAUCUUGUUAGGUUGGCCCUGGAGAGGGCUGACACAGCCGAAAAGGCUCUAGAUGUAAUAACAGAGCUUCUGGAAAAAUACGGCCAGGGAGGGAAUUGCAUGGAAGAUGAGUCCGGGUUCACGUAUCACAACAGCUUCCUUAUAUCAGAUCGUACUGAGGCUUGGGUGCUGGAGACAGCUGGGAAAUACUGGGCAGCAGAGAGAGUAAAGGAAGGGUAUCGAAACAUCUCCAAUCAGUACUCCAUCACUACCAAGAUAGAUAAGGAACACCCGAGGUUAAAGGACUACGCACGAGAGAAGGGCUGGUGGGACGGAAAGGCUCAGUUCAGUUUCACAGACGUUUAUUCCAUCCAAACGACAGCCCGAAUCGAGGCUGCAGGUGGCCGAUACUGUGAGGGACGCAAACUUCUGGAGAAGAGCAAAGGUCACAUCACUGCAGAAACCAUGAUGGAUAUUUUGAGGGAUAAGGAGAGUGGAAUCAACAUGGAGGGCAUGUUUAUGACCACCGGCAGUAUGGUGUCAGUGGUCCCUACAGACCUCGAUCUGCCCGGCGUUCACUUCUUCACUGCGACUCCAGACCCCGACAGGUCUGUUUUUAAGCCGUUUGCAUUCGUGCCAGACAUCAAGCAGCUGAAGCACACGUGUUCUCCGUCUUAUGGAGAAGAGGAUCCUGUGAAGAAGAAACCUCGUUUUCAGAGCAAACCGAACCGCAAGCACCCGCUGUUCCUGAAACACGAGGUGGUCGCUGCCAUCAUCGACAGCACCAGCGAGAGAGGACAGAAGAUCGUUGAGAAAAUGAGAGACCUGGAGAAGCAGAAGCUGGCAGAGAUGCAGAAAUAUCUGACUUUGGGAAUUGAGGACAAAACACUACUGGUUCAUCUCUUUACAGACACUGUAACCGAGGAGUUUAACAUAUACAGUAAAGCGUGAGAAUGUCAUUAAAGGAUUAUUAAUGUUUCCCAACACAAGUGAGAGCUGUAACUAACUACAGGGUGUCAGUCAUCGUCUGUGAGUUUAUAGUAAUUUAAAAGAUUACAUGUGUUUAAUGUUUUGCACUGAACAGAACACACAACAGAAGUCUGUUUCAUCAUUGUGGACUACCUGUCAAAAACGAAUAAACUUUCAAUUCAGAUUA